UUGGCCGUCUUGGGCCCUCGAAAAAGGGGGCCUUCAAAUUUCGUCCUGGGUCCCUUUCCGUAGCCAUGUUGGCUCAAGACACGUUUGCUUAAGCUUUUGAAGCGUGUGCCAAUCGAAACGCAGAUUCGAUACAAGUAUAGUUACUUGUCUUUGUGAUCACGAUGGCGCAUGCUGUUUUUGUUAUGUUGCUAGUAGCGCUUUGUGGAUUCGAGGCGUCUGCAGCGGCAGCAGGAGUGUACUCGUUUGAAACCUAUGCAGAUCAGGCGUGCUCAGUUCUGGCGCAGACCGAGUAUGUCAAGGACGUGUCAGGAUCUGCUGACUGCUACGUGUACACGGGUGCCGAUGGCGACGUGGCCGACGGUGCUUCGAGCUUCACUUUGACCUGCAACCCUGGCCCUGCCGAUUACGCAGAGUACGAGAGUGAGAAUUGCACGGGCUCUGGCGUGUCCUCUGGGACCGAUCCUUGGUUCACAAAAACCAUGUGCACGUCCAAAGGUCUCUUCCGGCUCGGACUGAACCUUGAUUCAGAAGACAUUGGGACUCACGUGGAGAUGCUGGUUCAUAGCGCUCAGGAUACGUCGUGCUUGAAAGCGCGUGUCCCAGUGCAGUGAUCCGUCGCAGUGGUGGCGAUCGGAACCCAACGGACGGCACUCACAGGGGGUUCAGCAUGUUCGACGGCGUAUCCAGCGCUGUGACGUACCACGACGGUUUGGCACUCGAGAGUCGCUGAGGGUCCAGAACCCAGAAUCUUCAAGCAUCAAGCAUUUUUUGCUGAAGAACAGAUAUGGGGACGACUGCUCGACGAAUUCGUGUGCUUUGAAUCGGUUGGGAUAUUUUCCCGGAAAGGCUUUCCUCCAAAAAGUCCCCCUGGAGGUCCAACCAUUCCAGAAUCGCGCCGAUGAGGAGGCCCUUCAUGUUGCCGCCUUCGCCCCGCCACUUGGACGGGCGCGAUGGGCGAGGCUCGCGGAAUGCGACGCUUCGUCUGAGUGGAGGCGCUGCUCCUCCCAGGUCUUUUCGGUUGGUUCUCGGAUUCAGCUCGGGUUCUAGACCUUGGUCUCGGAAAAGGGUCGGUUCCGCAUUGGGUUGCGAGAGAUUGAAGCGCAGCGAAUUCGUAGAUCCAUCACAUCGGUGAUUGACCAGCACGUAGAGGAGGUUAGGUAGAUCAACCGGCGAAGGCGCCUGCAAAGUCAAUUCGAAUUCUAGAUUCCGUCGGUUCAUAUUUCGGCGCGAUUGCAUUCUCUGUGGCCAAUGACGUGGGACAAUUAAUUGGCGCUCGUCGCCACUUCCUCUCCCAUUUCCGAUAAGACGCUGGAAGAACAAAAA